AUGAAAGAAGAUGAUAUGGCAUGGCUUUAUGAAGCAUAAUUAAGCUGAUGCAUGCAGCAUACAAUGCAUGGCUGCAAAUGUAUUUCCCACUGUGUAUUGAUACCUAUAUUUCCACAUCAAUAAUGAAAGUUUAUUUAGUUAUAUUACCCUCAAUAUACUCAGGGAGUCAGGGGUGGGAAUAAUAUCCAUUGAAAUAUUUGACCAUAUGGGAGUAAAAGAGCAGGUUUUGGCCCACCUCGUUUGUCAAAGUGUCCGUCUAGACGUUCAUUCCUAGCGGCCCGUUUGUCUUUAGCCCAGUUGUCCGUGUGGAGUUUGUAUCCAACGGCCUGUGGCCCGUUUAACACGAUUGCUCGUCUGGAAGUCCAUACCCAGCGGCUCGUGGUCCUUUAGGUGUUGGCGCUCAAAAAAAAAGUCAAGGGAAUGGGAGUUCAUUUGCAAGUGGUCAACCGGUUAGAUUCAAAAUGGCCAGGUUGUCCACUUGAGGGGGAGUGUUAAGAGUAUCCCACAUCGGGAAAGUGGCUAUGUUGGUGAUGGUGAGAGUGGAGCAAUUAUGGUGGAGGGGGAUGGUGGAGAUGGUCGGAGAAUGGAUCGGUGGUGGAGCUGACGACAAUGGCUGGGCUGGUGGCGAGGAGGGGAGGGGCUACGGUGGAGGCUGUGGUGGGUUCUCAAUGGUGGCAGGGUUGGGAAAGGAAGGGGAGGCACCAUCGCCACCACUGUCGCCUGCAACAUCUCAGUUCGUCGUGCCACCGCACACAGAUCUGCCAUGUCGCCCUAUCUCCCUUUCUUAAGUAUUAGAUUUCAGAAGUAUUUGGGUUCCCUAUUGACAUAUUAAUUGAGUUUUUCUUUACCUUGAGCUGCGUUUGGAUGCUUUUGGAUGGUGAUUUGGUGCCGGAAAAUGAGGGCCAACCGUUGUCAAUGACGGUUGGUCAUUUGGCUGCCAUAAUGGGAGCCGUGAGAUGGAUGAUGGUCAUCGGUAGUAUUAUUGCAGAGUGAGAUAAUGGUCUCAGCAAUGGUGCAGAGUGUGAUGGUGGUGAUUUUGAUGUUGGUGAAAAAUAAAGGGCAACAAUAAUG